GAUUAAAUCGGAAAAUCGGCGGAUCAGAAUCUCGUUGAUUUAAAAAGGGUAGUCGAGUUGCAAUCUUAUUUGUCGGGGGCGCCGGUUUUUCUUUGCUCUCUGCCAUUUAAUGCCAAAUUUCCAAUCUUGGAUCAGUGAAUGAGCUGUAUCACACACACACUACUGUGUGAGAGGGACAGAGAGGUUUUCAUAAAAAGCAAGAGGGAACCUUUCAUUCUCGUUUGUGGUGGAGGAAGUGAGCUUUUGAAAAUGGAGAAAGCUCUGGUAAAAGUUGCCAGUAUUAAAGCAGGCUCCUUUUGGGUUUCCAAGAAAGCCAAAGAAGAGAUCUCCAACAUCUCUCAAGACAUCUCUACUCUGUCAAACACCGUUGAAGAGAAGGCGAAAUGGAUCUUCAACAAGCUCAAAGGAAAGCCAUUGAAAUCGUUGCCAGAUCUCCUCCGAGAUUACAAUCUUCCUCGUGGCCUCUUUCCUCAGAACAUAACAUGCUACGAAUUCGAGGAGGCAAAGUCCAAGCUCAUCGUCCACAUGUCCUCCCCGUGUGAGGUGUGCUUCAAGGACUCGUCCGUUGUGAGGUACUCGACCCGUGUGAAGGCCACAUUGUCGAGAGGGAAGCUGACAGGAAUCGAGGGGAUGAAGACAAAGGUCCUGGUGUGGGUGAAGGUGAGCAGCAUCAAUGUGGAGGGCACUAAGUCUGAUAAAAUCUGCUUCAUGGCGGGAGUGAAGAAAUCGAGAUCUAAAGAUGCGUACGAGAUGCCUCGGGAUGGCCUUCGAGUCGAAGAAUUCUGAAAUGCAAGAGCUUCUCAGUUCUCACCAUAGCAGUCUGUCGAUAUAUUCUUGGAAUUCUUUGGUUAAUUUGUUUGGAAAAAUCAAUAAUUAUUGUAGUAGUAUUAUUUGUUUGUCCUCGGUUUUCAGAGUUGGAUGAUUUGGGAGUCUGGUUCUUGAAUCUUGAUUGUGAUCAAUUCAUCAAUACAAACAGAUGUUGGC